CUGAGAGAUACCAUCGUCAAAAUCCUGGCCCCACCCCAACCACUGUCCAAGUAUUCUGGUUUGAUCCAUUCCAUACAUAGUAAAUCCUUAAAACUUCUAUCUUACUCCUUCUCUAUAUAAUUAUAUAGCAUUGCAAACAUACACCAUCACCACAUCUCUCCUCACAUCAAUAUCCAUGGCACUCAAAACCCUAACCUCCACACCCAUUCUCUUCCUCCUCCUCCUCCUCCUCCUCCUCCUCCUCGGCUUCUCAGCCGCAUCCACGCCUCGCCCCCACCCCCGGCCAUGCAAGCGAAUGGUCCUCUACUUCCACGACAUACUCUACAACGGCUACAACUCCCACAACGCCACAUCCGCGAUAGUGGGAUCGCCGGCCUGGGGCGACAGGGUCACCCUGGCCGGCCAGAACCACUUCGGGAACGUCGUUGUUUUCGACGAUCCCAUCACUGUAGACAACAACCUCCACUCGCCAGCGGUGGGGCGGGCGCAGGGAUUCUAUCUGUACGACAAGAAGGAGAUCUUCACUGCGUGGGUAGGGUUUUCUUUCGUCUUCAACUCGACGCAGCAUAAGGGCUCCAUCAACUUUGCUGGGGCAGAUCCGUUGAUGAACAAGACGAGGGAGAUUUCGGUAAUCGGUGGAACGGGAGAUUUCUUCAUGACGAGAGGAGUGGCGACGCUCAUGACUGAUGCGUUUGAAGGAGAGGUUUAUUUUAGGCUUCGUGUUGAUAUUAAUUUGUAUGAGUGUUGGUAGAAUGUUUUAUAUUUGAUGAAUUUAAUGUUUUUUUUUAUUAUGUUUGUUUGAUUUUUUCACAUCAAAUUGUACCAACUCUUAUUUUGGCCGAGAAUAAGGACAAGGCAUGAUCUUGAUCGAUC